UAUAAUGUUGGUAAUUUUCACACAACCCCUUGGCAUGCAGAACCUCUCUUUCUCUCUCUCGCUAUCUCUCCCUUUCUAUCUCUCUUCUCUCCCCACCCUGCCUAAUUUCAGCUGAAUUUAGGAUGCCUUUGACCCAGCACUGGAUAUGCAUAUGUGAAACAGGGUGAGACAGAGAGCUAGGGUGAGGGACAGACAGGAAGAGUGACUCAGAGAGAGAGAAAGAAAGAGAGAAAGAGAGAGUGCGCAAGGCUGAGGACACUGAUCAAUGCAUCUUUGUGCUUGCUGCCUCAGCAAGUGAAGGUGAGAGCAAAUCAAAACAAAUGAAAAGCAGACGCCUCUGGAGAGAAGCAAACAGCCUCCAAUCAGCCUCUGAGGGAGGAUGAUUACUGUCUGCGGAGAGCCAGAGGAGUGACUGUCAAGGCAGGUGCUGUUUCAACACAAGCUCAUGUGCGGAUUUGAGUCAUCUUAGAGUCUCCUCACUGCACCCACUUACUGGACAACAAGACCUUUUGUGGAUACUGAAUACCUAUAGAACAAUACCUGCAACAUGGCAGGAAGCUUCGGGGUUUGAGUCUCAGGAUGUAGCUGAAGACUGACUUCAGGCUGUUGUCAUGUGUGGUGCCACAGCCUGGUGCCACCCAGAGGGGUCAGCCUGACAUCCACAACAGAACAUCAAGAAAGAGAGAUGCUAGGGGGAAUGAACAACAAGAUGAUCUGAAAUGUUUGCACAUUCAAGGCUGGGGGCUGAGGGAAUGUGUGUGUGUUCGCUGGAAAUGUGAUGGCGAAACAGUGCUCCAUAGUGGUCAAAUGCAUUGAUUUCUACUCAAGUCUGCCUGGACCAGUUAUACUUGAGAUGGGCAGAAGGGCAGCUGAUCACACCACUCCAGUGCCAGUUCUCGGAGAGCCCGCACUUGUGGGGACACGCAUCUGGAGGACAGUGGCAAAUGGGACCAGUAGUAUGGCGGCCCUCACGCUGUCCCAUCAUUGUAACGUCGGUGUGCAGACCUCACCUGCAAUGAGAAACAACCAAGUACAGCUCAACGGCAAACAUGUGGACACUAAUCAAUCAGAAAACAGAGUGAUCAUGCCACCUAACGGCCACAUCCCAAACGAGGCUGGUAAAAAGGAGAACAACAUGAAGGAAAGAACAAAAAGUAUCAUUAUAAAACGAAAAAGUCUGGAGACUAAAAUGAAAAAGGGUGUGACCUUUGAAGGACUGGAGAGGGAUAUUUGUCAAAACAUCAGGGAGGAAGUACAGUGCAAUAGCCGUCCAAUCAGAACCAGUCCUCCGUUGAGAGGCGUAGCUAACGGCAGGUUAAAACCAAGAAGGAAUUGUCACUUCACCAAUGGGAGUGUGGUUGACCCUGAGGUAAUGGGCGGGAUCAGCAGUGACAUCAGUGAAGGGGAGGAGUCCUCCACUGGAAAGAAGAAAAUGUUACCUCCGCGCUCACCUCCUCACAGGCCUCCUGUGACCAUCUGCAGCACUUGUGGAGGAAGGCAGAAUCCGGCACCUCCUGGACUCUACAGCCAAAUUAGGAUGAUUACACCGCCAACUUCCACAGGUUCUUUGGGACUCAUGUCGAGACACUCAUCCCCUCUUUACCCUGGGAAGGACGUGCAGGUAUACACGCAGAUAGAAAGGCACACCGACCGCAGUGCUACGCAGUCAGACCAGCACCUCAUGAGCCCUAACCUUCAUUCUUAUCUCAACAUGAAUAUAAACAAGGAAUGGCCAUUAUCUCUGCUGCCUGCUCAGCAGAGUGAGGCAUCAAACCUCACUAAUCAUCACACAGUCAAGAGGGAAUCUAGUGCUGACACACACAUUAAUCAUACCAGUCGCUCAUCGGCUCUAAAUACACACACGCUCACUGUUACCGUGAAAGAGGAUAGAGCUUCAACAAAGGUCGUAAACACUCACUUGAACACUCACAAACCUCACAACUCUUGUCCCUGCAGACCUCCUGUGACUGUCAACCCUCCCCAAACACACAAAAACAGCCCGACGGAAAAGCUUAAAGCCACCCAGGUGACAACUACCAGAAUACCACACACAAGCACCCAAGUCAGAUCAUCUCACCAGCCAAACCCUGAUGAGAAACGACCACCUCAAGGAAACCAAGUCACACCCACACACUCAGAGUCUCCCCAGCCACAAAAUAAAACACACAUUAAACCUUCGCAAACUACUUUGAAACAACAAAUGUUCCCCCAAACGAGCACACCGCAGAACUCCAAAUCUCAAAACGGCGACGCGCUUUCGAAAUGCUCACGGUUAAAUCAGACAAACACACUUUCGAAAUCCCCUGCCUGUUUUCAUUUACAUUCAAACGUUAAACGCCAAACUAUAGUGCAGAGUUGUGUGAAAGAAAGUGUCAUAUCCUCCUAUCCUUCAAACAUUCACAGACAGGUUGAAUUCCCUAAUGGAUUAGAGUCCAAGUUUGACACGCACACUAAACCGUCAAUGUGCUCACACACAAAUUUCGGCAUUAAACCUCAAAGCGGGACGCAAAUCUGUGCUGACACAGAGUCACAGUCCUCACCCUGUGAUUCACGUUCGCAUUUUGCACUGGUGACACACACACAUAAACUCUCAGGGCCUCACGGUGAACCACGUCACGCAUCGAUACACACCGACACUCCUUCGCCCACCGACACACACACGGAAGCUUCCUACACAUCCACACAGCGAACAAACACCAGUGGAACAUCACUGCAGGGUAUAUCCACACAUAAAGACGCACUGUCACAUCCUUAUCGCGAGUCAAAAAGCCAAAAUGACACUCGCUUGUUUUCCCAUGCCCCAAAUAUGUCAACCCAUCACAAAGCAACACUUAGGACACAAACAAUCAACCAUCAGAACCUCUCAAAUGCAUUUACCGCUACUCAGACUGAGGUGGAGGUGCAUUCGUACACCAAAGAACGUUCUCAAACGAGCCCCGGGGUCAAAGCAGCCUCGCGUGCUGUGUGUGUUCAUUCAAAAACGCCACGUAGACAGACAGAGCCUACGGUUCUCAGACGCUCUGUCCUGAAUCAGCUUAAUAAUGACACUCUUGAGUCCUCAUUACUAGCCAUCGCUUCCGCUAGGGCUUUUCCUCAAGCUAAAACACAUGACAGGACUGAAUUUAAAUCAUGGAGUAACACAGAGUCAAAAAAGCAAGCUGAUAUUAAGGCAGCAGAACCAGAAGGUCAAAUAAUCAAUGGCUCGCAACACUCGCUUCAACCUCCAAACAAACCACCUCCUGCUUGUCGACCUCCUAAACCUUCUUCUGCACCUCCACAAGCACCAGCUUUUAAAUUAAGUGAAAACAGAGGCCUGAAUGUGGCCUCCAAUCGAAACCAACUUCUGGCACCCUCAGGCACUUUGCCUACGCAGCACUCAAAGAAAGAUGGGAGUCUCCAGAACUCAAAGACACCGAUGGAAUCUCAUUCUGAAGAGGCUGGGUCCAUCCCAAGUGACAACUGUUCCGUAACGCAUGACCAUCCGGAUUCUGCGGUUCGGUUGCUGCCUGCAUCACCUCAGUGUGGCAGUCCGCGGGACCCUAAGCGUAAAUUAGAGAUCGUAGAGGCGAGUCUGCAGUCCAACAAGGAAAGAAUCACAACUCUGCUCAACGUCAUCCAGGACUUGGAGAUGAGCCAUGCAAUCAGCAAAGGUCGGCGGUGUUUUCGGACUGGCCAAGACCUCAGUGACUGUUCCACCUGUCAGAAGACUGCAUGUGCUGUCUACAGUGUGGAGUAUGACUUCCGUCAACAGGAGAGAAGAUUCAAGGAACUCUUCCAGAGUCUGUGCCCAUCAUCCCCAAUGAGGACAGAAGCAUAUGAAGGAUCUCUUUCUUUACUCACGUCACUCAUUCAGAAUCACAAAUUACACCAGCUUAGUGCAAACAUUAUGACCCAAAGCCUAUCUGAGAGUCAAACUCAAAGUCAGCCACAGAUUAUUUCUCAGAUUCAGUGCCAGAUUCGGGCUCAGUCUCAAAUUCAAACUCAGCCGCAGAAACAGAGUCAGUCACGGCCUCAGGCUCAACCCCAGAUUGUGUCUCGGGUUCAGCCUCAGAAUCAAUCUCAGUCGCAGAUUCCGUUUCAGGCUCAGAUUCAGUCUCAGUUGCAGAUUCCGUUUCAGGCUCAGAUUCAGUCUCAGUCGCAGAUUCCAUUUCAAUCUCAGAUUCGAUCUCAGUCACAGAUUCCAUUUCAGCCUCAGAUUCGAUCUCAGUCGCAGAUUCCAUUUCAGCCACAGAUUCAAUCUCAAAAUCAUAUUAUGUCUCCAAUUCAAUCCCAGACUGAGAUUAUGCCUCAGAUUCUGCCUCAGAUUCAGAUUAUGUCUCAGAUUCAGUCUCAGGCUCACCCCCAGAAUCAGUGCUUGUUCAAGGCUAAAAUCAAAAGGAAGAAAUUAUGCAGGAAGCUGUUCAGCUGGCUGCCACACAAAGUCCAAAGGAAAUGACUACAUAAUGCCAAGUAUCUGAUUUUCAUGCAUGACUCUCAACCCUCUGGUAUGCGGAGUCACAACUCCUUUUUCUCCUAAUGCAGUCUGAAGUCUGACAUAUUUUGUGGAAUGGAGCAAUAUUACAUGGCAUUCUGUGACUGGACUACCAAGGAGAAUUUAAAUUAUGAAACUAGAUUUCCUUGGAAAAUGCAAUUGUACAACAUUUACUUUAAAAAUUCAUUCUACUACUUCCCUACAGUUACAAUGAACAUGAUGCUUGCCUUGACUAGUUAUGAAGGGUUUUGCACUUAAAAUGCUUUUUUAGGUCAUGUCAUUAUGAGUAUACAGUCCAUCACUUCCUUUUUGAUCUUCCAAAUCGACAGCUAUCAUCUGUUAAAGACAGAGGACUGUGAUCGGACUGACAUAUGGAGCUUCAAUGGUUGAAUUUUAGCUAAAUAAACAACAGAUUCAAGGUUAUGCAACAAAGAUUGGUCUUUUGCCUCUUUUCUUUUAAAUCCAGCCUCUCUUCCUCCCCAUAACAUACAUAGGUGACUUUCACAUGGAAUAACAUAGUAUUAAUUUACUGUUUUUGAUUUAGCCAUAGUGUUGUAUUUAGCAAAAUGUGUGAUUUGUCAUAUUUCUUUGUAUAUUUGAGCGCAGUUUAAAGCGAUAUCGAAUCCGAUAUUCCAGAAGCUUUUAAGAAUGUUUAUUAGCAAAAUUAAGUGGAGACAAAAAUGAUAUACGGUCCAAUACGCUCCAGUCUUACAUUACAAAAGCUAACAGUCAUUGCAGGAAGUGACAUCACCAUUAUCAACCAAGAGUUUUAAUUUAAAUGUCUUUGGAAAUAUUUAAAUAUUAUUCAUAAUUAUUAAGGACAUACAUAACUUGUGGCUUUUAGUGUUUGACUUCUGACUGAGACGUCCUUUAAAUUU